CUAAUUCUUUGUCGCCGUCGUCGCCGCCGCCGCCGUCGCAUCGCUACUCGCUAUAAUCCCGCGCCGCCCUUGCGUCUUCUCCGUCGGCCGCGUUGCUUUAAUAUCCCGUCCCUCCUCUAAACCUUCUUCGUCUACUGCACACUACCUACACACACUAAACCAUGUCCAUGAACCCUAUCCCCCUCAUUAAUCACCCGUGCACGCUGUGCUGUCGGCCUACCUCCAUGUGGUGCAGCCGCUGCCAGAGCGCCUGGUACUGCACGCCGGAGCACCUCAACAGCGACUGGUCCCGUCACCGCAAAGAGUGCGUGCCCGCUGCACCGAACCAGAGCCAGAACUACAGCAACAUGAUCGCGACGCCCCCGCCCGCCGAGCAGCAGCUCAUCGUCGUGUCCGCCAUCCUGUUUUCGCCUGAAGAAGAACGCCCCCGGAUCAUCACCGUCAAAUGCCGCCCCCCACAAAUGCCCUCGCAGGGCAUGUGCCCGCUCCCGCUCGUCGCGGGCCACUUCGCCGACGGCCAGGCGGAGAGCAUCGUGCUCACCCAAGGGCUCAACGGCGAGCCCUUGCGCUUCCCGCUGCACCUCUGGUACUCGCCCACCGCGCUCACGCGCGGCGCGCCCGUCAACCGCGCGAUAUACCACAUCACGUCCGGCGCGGCGCCCAAGGCGUGGGCGGGGACGGUGGUUGUGCUCAAGUACAACGGGUCGAGGCGGCAAGGGUACUCGGAUGCGGGGAGCAACGAUUUGCCUGCGUUGUCGGCGUAUUUCUUGGCGUACAAGUAGAUGCGGCGCGCGGCCGAGGACAACGUCACAACACCAACAACAACAACAACAAGCUAUUCCACCUGUCCCUCCAAGCUAAUCCGGAUGCGACUGUGUUUAUUUGACUGUGCUAACUUAUCUGGACCGUCGUCGUCUGCUGGUCUGACACGUACGCUGUUCUACCAUUAUCUCUCUUGAAUUCUCUGCAUCAUACGCAACCUCACCGCACAUACUACUCCCCUUUAUAAUGCGCACCCGUUCACUAUACAUAGUAUUACCAUUAUCACGCCACCACAUAGACCCUCUGACCUCG